AAUUGGCACCAUGAUGGCCAGCCAUCACAAGUGAAUUGCUCUUUCCCGCAAACAGACAAAACAUGAUCGCAAAUGUACCGCUAAAGCUCUUCCUGAUAGUGUGGAUUUCGGGAAGGGUUCGUGGACAAUCCGUUUGUUCCGAUUGUUCCUCGACAAAUGGACAAUAUGCGUGUAUCAAUGAAACCUCCUAUGGUUUUUGCUUUGACCAAGGUGCUGUGGAUGAAAGUGCGGUGCAGAAUUGUCGGGAUGGAUAUUACUGCGUCCUGCAGGGAUUCUGUGCAGUCAUGGAUUCGUCAGAACCGGCUUGUGUCCCAGAUGUUUUUACGACCACAACGGAUAUAGAUUCGACAACCGAAUUGAGUACCCUGGAAACCACUGAGUCCACUACAAUCGAUACGACGGAAUCUACAGUGACCACAGAAACUCCGACAAUAGAUACUUCGGAGUCUACAGUUACCACGGAUUCAGGUACUUCUGGAUUAACAACAGAUACUAGUACUCAAGAAAAUACGGAAUCUACAGUUGUUACCACAUUCACGACCGACUCGAGUUCUCAGAAAACGGAAACCACAGAAACCUCGACUGAUUCUAGUACUCUCGAAACCUCGGAAUCUACAGUAACCGAAACUUCCAUAGCCUCAGAAUCUACAACUAGUGUUUUUUCGACCGAUUCAAGUACUUCUGUUUUUACCACAGAUUCCAGUACUACUGCUGCAUCUACAACCGAUUCGAGCACCACAGAAACCUCGACAGAUUCAACUACUUCUGAAAUUACUACGGACUCGAGUACAAUGGAAUGUUCUGAGUCAACAGUAACAGAAACUUCCACAACCCCGACUACCACUGAUUUUACUACAUCUGAAUUUACAACGGAUUCAAGUACUAAGGAAACCACGGAGCCUACAGUGACGGAGACCUCUACACCACUGAUUACUACACCAGUAAUUACUACACCAGUAAUUACUACAGAAUCAAGUACAGAUUCUACCACAUCUGAUAUUACAUCAGAUCCUAGUACUUCUGCUAAUACAACAGAUUUCAGUACACUACCCACAACAUUUGAACCAUCAACUCAAUCAGCCAGCACUAGUACUCCGAGUACAACCACAGUGUCUUCGGAAAUAGAUCCGAACGACUAUUGUGCAGAGUUAAGGACCAAAGGAUACAUUCGAGUUGAGACAGAUACAACAUGCCGAAUGUAUGUCUACUGCUAUAAAUUGAGCCAAGAUUACCUCGGUUGGUUAUAUUAUUGCAACACGAAUCAAUACUAUAAUUCAGAUACAGAAGCAUGUCAGCCCACACGACCAAGCAAUUGCUAAUUGAAAGGAAUUUACAAGAGAUUGGUGUCUACUAUUCCCAU